AUGACCGACGAUGACGCCACCCACGUUGCCACCGCUUGUGAAUGCGAGGCAGCCAACACCUACGAACGCGAGGCCACCGCAGCACGCGAACGCAAGGCCGCCGCAGCCCGCGACCGUGACGAGGCCGACGCUCGCGCCCACGAGGAGGUUGCCGCCCAUGAUGAUAACAUCGCCCAGGCGCUGGUCCUCCACGAAGCCGCCGCCAUCGCCAAUCUUCAUGCCCAGGCGGUCGUCGUCCAGAACAUACGCACAUUGGUGCCCGUUGUCCUCGACCUCGGCUCGCCGAACUACAACAAGUGGUGCUGCCGGUUCCUCAUCACGUUGGGCAAGUACUCACUGACCGCCCACGUCCUCUCCGACGUCACCCGUCAUGACUCCGCAAAUUGGUGCUGCAUGGAUUGCAUCGUCCUCGAAUGGUUGUACGGCACCAUCACACCCGAACUCUGCGAGAUCAUCAUGGACCACGACGUCACCGUGCGCGACGUCUGGCAAGCGCUCGAGGGGCAAUUCAUCGGCAAUCGGGAGACACGCGCACUGCAUCUCGACGCUGAGUUCCGCACCUUCGUUCAGGGUGACCUCACCAUCUCAGACUACUGUCGUCGCCUCAAGAGCAUGGCUGACGCCCUCGGCACCCUCGGCACCCUCAGCGAGCCCGUCCCUGAUCGAACUCUCAUCCUCGCUGUCUUACGCAGUCUGAACAAGAAGUUCGGGUACAUGGCAGCGCUCCUCAAGCGGCAGCGACCGUUCCUGACGUUCCUCGAGGUGCGCUCCGAUCUCCUUCUUGAGGAGCUCGAGAUGACGUCACGCCCCACCCAUUUGUCGACUGCCCUCCUUGUCAACACCUCUUUCAGCGCCAAGGGGGGUGCCCAGUCCUCCAAAGGCCAGAUCGUCGCCUCUGGCGGUCGCUCCACAACACCCACCAUCGCGACGCAGGGCAACAGUGGCUCCUCCAGCAGGUCAACCAACGCCAAUCGUCAUCGGUGUCGCAACAACAAGGGCGGCCAUGGCAACGGCGGUAGAAAAUCCGACAGCGAGGGCGCUCCAUCCGGGUGGCCGUCCUUCUACAAUCUGUGGAUGGGCACCAUCCAAAUGUGGUUCGGACCAUAG